AUGUGGCUCAAGUCGUGGGCAUAUCUCGCCCUCCUGGCCGGACCAGUGGCUGCAGUGUCACAAAUCGGCGACGAUGAGAUGAACUCACUCCUUGAUGCUGGCGGCGUAGAUCUCGCCGAUCGCUACGCCCCCAUCUGGUUCUUCGGUCAGGCCCAGAACCAGCCACCCUGCUAUCCCACCUGGGCUUUUGGUGGAUCGCCCGACACAGCCGAUGUCUACGAUGAUGGCCACAAAACUCCUGCAGCGGCACAAUGUGAGUAUCCCAAUGUCGGCUGUAACUGUCGCAACCCUGGGGUGGGUAUUGGGAACCCCGGUCCGGCAUUCCCUAUUUAUUAUACCUAUCAGCGAUGCAAUGAUACCGAGAUCCGGGUGGUCUACAAUCUCUUCUACGAGAAGGAUGGUGCAAAGUUCGGGUCUAUUGAAACGGGGCAUGACUAUGACUGGGAACGAGUGGUAAUCAUCCACUCCCGUGACGACAGCAACAACUGGGCGCCUUCGCGUGCCCUCCUCUCCGCACAUAGUGGAUACAAUAAUCUAGCCUGGGGCGAUAUCCAGAAUACCCUCACAACGGAUGAGGUCAAUGCCGGCAACGCCAAAGACCCCAAUGGCGUGCAGAAUAAUGAUCACCCCAAGGUGUACGUUGCGUGGUCAAAACACCCCAGCUUUGAUACGCGUAACACAGGAUGGAAUGAUCCCGCCAGUCAGUCACUGGACAAUGCUUUUCGCAGUGAUGACUGGUGGUAUUAUGUUGACCCGCAGUAUUAUAUUCGUUCGGAUGAUAGCACGGAUGCGGGAAAGGCUCUUGGGGCGGCGGAUUGGGGACAUGCCUCGAGUAAUCCACCUAGUGUACAGGCGGGUGUGUGUGAUGCGUCUUAG